AUGACUGAAUAUUGGAAAGCGUCACCGAAUUACUGGUGCAAGCACUGUGCCGUGUUUGUGCGCGAUACCAAGCUUGAGCGCCAAAACCACGAAGCCACAGCCAAGCACCAAAACGCAAUCAAGCGAUCGCUCCGUGACCUACACCGCAACCACGAGCGAGAGGAGCGCGACAAGGAACGAGCGCGACGCGAAAUCGAUCGCUUAAAUGGAGUUGUCACAACCUCUUCGACGGGCCCGUUGCGGUUGGGCCGCGCUUCCGCGCCAGGGAGCAGCUCCAAUGAAUCCUCUAUGAAGAAACAGCGUGAACAGUUGGCAGAGAUGGGGGUUGCGGUGCCGGAGGAUUUCCGAGGGGAAAUGGCUAUACCUGGUGAUUGGACGGUUACGAGCACCCGAGUGAUUCAGAGCGCGGGAGAUGGAGGAGCGAACGAUGAAAAGAAAGCGGACAAGGUUGCGACUGGGGUGAGGAAGAGAGAUGAGAAGGAGGAGGACAAGGAGGAGGAGGAGGCUGUGAAGGGGCUGUUCAAGAAGCCGAGGAGGUGGGGGAGGGAUUCGAGGAAGAUGCCGGAGGGGGAAGACGAAGAGUUGGACGCACUGCUGAGCGGGACGGUAAAGUUGAAGAAGGCCGAGGGGGGCGAUGUGAAGUCUGAGGAUCAGGAUGAAGUGAAGGCGGAAGAGGAUGCUGUUAAAAUGGAACCGGAGACUAGGGCGAGCGUGCUGGGCGGAGAGGUCAAGGAGGAGGAAAGCGAAGCCAGAGUCAAGGAGGAGGGCGAUGGUGAUGCUGGGAUAACGCCAGUGGUGUUUAAGAAGAGGAAACCAAAGAGCUUACGGACCAAGUAA